AUGGGCAUCGAACCGAUGAUGAACAUGAGGGCGGGGAUGGUCUUGAAAAGGAGGGAGAAAGAAGUGAGUGAUUCCGAUGAAGAAGUUGAGAUAAGGUAUGAGGAAGCCUUGAAUCAUGCUAUUAUGGCUAGAAGAGCCAUGAGGGCUUUAGCUAGGGAAGAGAGAGACCAAAGGGAGAACUUGUUUCAUGCACGUUGCAAACUUGUGGAUAAGGUGUUCCCCUUAAUCAUUGACGGUGGAAGUUGUACGGAUGCCGUUAGCCAAUUUUUAGUUGAAAGUAUGAAAUUCCCCACCUGCAUGCACACUAAUCCCUACAAACUCCAGUGGUUUAAUGAAUGUGGCGAAAUGAGGGUCAACAAGCAAGCCAUUAUCAAAUUUAACAUUGGCAAGUACCAAGAUGAGAUUUUGUGUGAUGUGGUACCCAUGCAAGCUUGUCAUCUAUUACUUGGAAGACCUUGGCAAUUUGAUGUUGAUGCCCAACAUAGUGGGAGAACUAACAAGUACUCAUUUGUGGUCAAGGAGAAGAAGUACAUUCUUAACCCACUAACCCCUUACCAAGUGAGUGAGGAUUAUAGAGUGAUGAGGGAGCUUCGGGAGAAGUAUCAAAUGGAAGAAAAGGAGAAGGGUGAGAAAGAGACUUUGUUGGUCAUGAGUGGAGAGGGGACAUCUCAAGAUGGUUCCAAGAAAUGUUUGUUGGCCAAACCAAGUAAUUGCUUAAAAGGGGUUGACGAGAGACACUUCAUGGUGUGUCUUGUCAACAAAGAUCUUCUCCUAAAUGCUAACCAAGCUACUAGCACUUUGCCUAGUAGUAUGUCUUCUCUUUUGCAGGAAUAUGAAGCCUUGUUUCCGGAGGAAAUGCCCGAUGGCUUACCUUCUUUGAGAGGUAUUGAGCACCAAAUCGACUUUGUACCGGGUUCCCAAAUUCCCAACAAACCGGGUUAUAGGAGCAAUCCGGAAGAAACAAAAGAAUUGCAAAGGCAAGUGGAUGAGCUUCUUAAAAAGGGGCUAGUGAAGGAGAGUCUUAGCCCGUGUGGCGUUCCGGUGAUUCUUGUUCCAAAGAAAGAUGGCACUUGGAGGAUGUGCAUUGAUUGUAGAGCCUUCAAUAAAAUCACGGUAAAGUAUCUCCAUCCCAUUCCGAGGCUUGAUGAUAUGUUGGAUAAGCUUUGCGGCUCAAGUGUAUUUUCGAAGAUUGAUCUUAGAAGUGGCUAUUGA